AGCAGGAAGCCGACAGCCGCACCCACGCUCCUGAGCUACGUUCACAAUCACAAACGCCUCGAUAAACAUCUUAUGAGCGCAUUUAAAAUAAGCUGUUGUUUGCGGAGAACCAGUUGAAUGAUUUAGUUAGCUUUGUGGUACAAAGCUGAUGCAAACAUUUAAAUUAUCGCAAGGCUGAUUUACAACUGUUCUCAAAGAGAGUACGGUCGGGACACAGUUUAACCAAGAAGGAUGGCUUCUCGGGGGAAAUCAGAAACUGGAAAACUGAGGCAAAAUAUGGAAGAGCAGCUUGAUAGAUUGAUGCAGCAGCUUCAGGAUCUGGAAGAAUGCAGAGAAGAACUGGAUGAGGAAGAGUAUGAGGAGACAAAGAAGGAAACCUUGGAACAGCUGAGUGAAUUCAAUGACUCUCUGAAGAAGAUCAUGACAGGAGACAUGACACUUGUGGAUGAACUCAGUGGGAUGCAGUUGGCAAUCCAGGCUGCUAUCAGUCAAGCAUUCAAAACUCCAGAGGUGAUCCGACUUUUUGCAAAGAAGCAGCCAGGGCAGCUGAGAACCAGACUAGCAGAGAUGGACCGAGAUGUCAUGGUGGGGAAACUGUCGCGGGACGUGUACACACAGCAGAAGAUGGAAAUCCUCACAGCCUUGAGAAAACUGGGAGAGAAGCUUACUGCAGAGGAUGAGACUUUUCUCAUUGAAAAUGCCACAGCUACCCUGAGCCAGUUUGAAAAAGUGACUGCAAACCUAGGGUCUGAAGACAAAAUUAUGGCUUUAGCUAGCUCUGGCGUGAAAACCAAGGCAUAGUAACUCUACAAAAUGUUCAUUUUAACUCCGUCUUUGGUAUUACCAAGAAACAAAUGUGCCAAUUGAUUGUUGAUUUUGUAAAUAAUCAGUGCACUUCUAGGUGUUGCUGUGGAUGCUAACACUUUUUAAUAGUAUUAUUUUAUACCCCACAACUUUUGUAAAUGUCUUUUAUUUGUCCAAAUAAGUGUAAAAUUGUAUUAUAGGUACGAGUAUAUGAUUUGUUUAAUAUGAUGACAUGUACAUGAAUGUAGAGGAUCGUCCAGGCAGUUCAUGAGAACUACUUUGUUGUGAUUUGUGCUGUGUUUCUUGUUGGGUUUCUGUGUCUGUCUUAAAACCUGAAAAUUCAAGUUCAAAUUUUGAAGAUGUUGAUUUGCUGUGUGAGUGCUACAUUGUUGCUUUUACUAAACUGUGGUGUGUGCAGGGCUUUGGACAAAAUAACAGAAAUACCGCAUGAAACAAAAGUUUUAAGUACGUGAAUGAAGUUAAAUGCUGUAUGCAUAUAGUUCAACUUGACAGUAUUCAGCUGUUUGUAAACUUGGAUAUUCUCAUAAUCACAUCUUUCACUAUAUUUUCAUAACAAUCGAGCAGUAAGUAAGUAGUGGGAACCUAAAAUCACAGGCACGUCAGUCACAAUAGGUUUCAAAUUGUUGAAAGUACGUGCAAAAUACGAUAUUGACAAAAUGGGACAGUGGUAGAAACAAGUCACAGCUCUGACAGUAAUAAAUGGGAGAAUGGCAAAGUAGUUAGUAAAAAAAUUAUGGCCUCUACUCCAGAUUUUCUUAUCAGUCUGUCUCAACAAAAUAUUGACUUUAUAAGCCUCCUAAAUUGGAUUGCCAUUUGAAAAUGCAUUUUCAAAUUUAGUAUUAAGAUGCAUAAAAAUAUGAUCAGAUGAGCUUAUAAUCAGCCAGGCUGCAAUGUGACAAAAAAUCCACUUGACGGAUUUGUUGCCAUCUGUUCAACAUUGUGCAGGUCUUGUGAUGGUUUCAGCAGCCAACUCCUGAGAGCCAUUCAGUCUGAUGAAUAGAGCUCGUGGUUGUUUAAAAGGCUUGGAACGAGGUCACUUUAAAGUGUGUUCAUGGUGUCCUCGCACUGCAAGAUGUUGAUGGUGCCUGGGUUACAAAAGUAAAAUAAAAACCCUUCCACCAUCUCUUCCAUCACCAGUUAUAAGCACGAUUGAGCCGUUUUAAAGAAGUCUCUGGAGGAAAGAGUAAGACGUAGAUUUUCACCUUCUUUGUCUCAAGGAAAAUGCGAAAUUAGAGAACAGAAUAUGUCAUUACACAGAAUUCAACACACAUUUAGGAAUACAUUGAUACAUUAUCAGGUGUUGCUGUUAUUUUGUCCACCUUCUGUAUAUUCAUUGAUUAUCAGGCAUUUCAAACUGUGCUUCAUUUGACAGCUAUAGAGUUAAAUGAACAGUAAUCACAUACAGUGCUUCAUUAUAUUUCAUCUGGUUGAAACUAUGUACAACUUAAUAUCAUAAUGUUUAAGGCAUCAGUCUUAAUUGAUAUUCAGCUUUGAAACCAUGUAACUUUGUAAGUAAAAACAAUCAGUGGCAAAUUGAA